UAAAAAAUGCGCUGAUGUCGUCGCUCGUCGCGGUUUCCCGUCGUCUUGCGGCGGGGCUUUCGUGUCAACGUGCCUCGUGUGACGCUGUGUAACGCUGUGGACGUGGGAGUGACACGUGCGGGAGGUCGGCCGAUCGGAGGUCGUAUUCGAUCAACGGACAGCGAUAAUGCGCUUGAAUUUUCACUGGCGACGCAGCAGCAGCGGCAGCGAUCGAUCCGGUUUGAUGAGUGCGUCGCGAGGACAGUUCCGGACAGUCGCGGAUGGACCACCGAAUGCGGCACCGGAGGCUCCGGUUCGGGCCGAGCAGGAUCGGCUCGAAGAUCCGCAGCGGAACGUGGCCGAUCCUGAGCUCCGAGCAGUUUCGACCCUUUUACAACGACUGCAAGCCACAAGCUUGUACAAGAAUAAGGCUAUAAGCCUUCAUUUUUGCAGACGGGCCUUGAUAGUAGCAACAACAGAUUCCCUGGUGAUAAAAAUUUAG